UCUUAAUUUCAAAUGUUAAUAUUUUUGAAAACAAAGUUUUAAAGUAGUAAAAUUUCUAAUGUUAUGUUUUACAAUUGCGAAUUAUACUUCCUUUAUACACUAAUAUAGUAUAUAAUGUAUAUGAUCCUAGAAAAACUGAUUGCAAAGAAAGUAAUACAAUUCAAAUAAAAAAUUAAACAUUAAUUAUUUCAAUUUUAUCCGGUCAAAAAUCAAAUUGUACAAAGACAAAGAGAGAAAACUAAAAUUUUUCAAAAUGUUUUAUGACAAUUUAGCCAAUCCUAUAGAAGCUGUGUAUUUGAUUUCUAUGUACAGUUAUUUUAAUUCACUCAGCGAUUUCCUGUAUAGAAAUAAUUAUUCAUCCAUCAAUGACAGACACAAACAAAUACCAGUGGUCAACGCUCUUUACAGAUAUUUAGAUGAUAAUCGAGAUAAUCAAGACGAUCUAAUUAAAAGUUUAUUGCAAGGCAGCGACUUGUACGGGGAACAAUUUGGUGAAAUUCCUGAUGAAACUUUUGUGAAUACAAUGUUCGACUACAUUAUUACUUCUCUUGUAUUUGACAAAUAUGGAAAUAUUUACGGAUUUUUGGCAGAUGUUGUUCGAAAAUCUCAAGAUUUACACAUAGACUCUCUGCUGAAGGAUAUAAAGAGGAGACUUGAAAAUAUAAUAUUUGAAAAUGAAUAUGGUGAUACCUCGUCACUAACACCAUUAGCUGUAGAUCGAAUAUUUACAGAUAUAAUAUUACCUCUGUUUCCAAAACCUAAAACUAAUAUCAAAUUAACGUCACUAGAUUAUAUUUAUGCACAAGCAGGUGCAAUUUUACUUCGACCCGGUAUACAAAAUGCUACCUAUUACAGUGUGCUAACUGAAAGAACGAAAUUAAAUAAUAAAACUCUCUUUGACGAAUAUAUAUUAAUAGGACAUUUAAUUGAAGAAUUAAUUAUUGGCGAAAAAUUUGGACAGUUUAAUGCAACAGCUUUUGCAUUGCCAGCGCUUUUCUUCUAUGUUUAUUUUGAAAAGGAGAAACUUGAACAAGAAAAAAUAACAACCAUAAUAUUUGAUCCACAACACUGGCUUAAAGCUUAUAAUAUCUUUCUUACACAUCUAGAUAAGACGUAUGAUAAAAUUAGUUCUGCUUUAAAAACAGACACAAAGUUUAAACUCCAUUACGAGCUUUCACAAUUAAAAACACAUCAUACAUACGCACGAUAUUUGGUAGAGGAUAAUGUGAAUUGUAGAAUAAAACCCGAAGAGGAGAAAAUUGACAGAGUUUCAGCAUAUGAAAAUAAUCCGCACAAUUUUGCAUGUAAAAUAGGUGACUAUCUACCAGAUAUUAAUGACUAUUUUUUGUCCAAACUUAACACUGUAAUUCAAUCAUAUCAGCAAUUCGAGAACAAAUCAAUCGCAAAAGUAUUUGAAAAUUAUUUCCAAUUAUCGUUUCAUUAUACUGACGCAAUUAUCAAAUUAAGAGACAAUAUUGUUGUUACUGAUUUUUACGAUCCGAGCAUGCAAUCAAAUGAUUUUCUUGAAAUCUACUUCCCUGCAAAUGGCACUACAAACUAUUUUGUUGUAAUACGAGAAGACUACAACCACAGAAUAGAUAAAGUUGACCAUCUUCCUGACUCUUUACCACAAUCGGAUCGUCCUCCUAUCAAAAAACAAGACGGAAAAAUUUCUUUUACUCAACAGUUAAAUGAAAUUAGAGAAAAAAUUAUAAAAAACAAAAGUUCAAGACUAGAAUCAUUAAUCUUAUCCAGUCUAAACAACAAAUUAAAACUUAAUUGGUGGAAGGAAUUUGGAUUAUCUUUGGUGCCGUUUUAUCCAUGUUUAUCUGGCAAAAUUAUUGAUAAUGAUAAAAAAGAUCCAUGUCAAGUAUAUACAUUUACUAUGUAUCCUAUUAAUCUAGAAAAUGAUUUCAUAACUUUAAAUAUAAGUCAAAAAUACACUCAAGCUCUCUUGACGUCGAUAGGCACGUCUAUAAAAACAUUGAGCCUAAAAAACUUACUGAUAAAAAUAAUUGAAAAGGAAAAAUAUUUUGAAUUAAAAAGCUUUGAAAAUUACAUCGAUUAUAAACGAUUUUCAAACAUUGUUAAAGAUCCGUUGCAAUUUAAUCCGAAUAUUUUAUUAUCUUUAUCCGAUCCAAGUUACAAUAUUGCACUUGAGCGAAAUAGUGUAUUGGACAUUUUCCGCGAAAACGUUAGAGAUUUGAAAAUAAUAACUUUUUUGGAUUACAUAUCCAUUUUUAGUAUGACAUUAAAUAUUAGAGAAUACAAAAAUGAUUUAACAGUGUUGUCAAUUGGAAAUUCCAAUCAUUCAAAUUGGGAAUUAAAAGUAAAGUCACAAAGUAUAUUUAGCAAUUCCGGUUAUGGUUAUAAAUUCAUUUUUUUGAACGAUUAUAGUGUUGCGCAUUUGAGAACUAUUCCAGAUUAUGGCAACACCAGAACUGCAUUGUUACUUUUAACUGAAAUUAUUUCAGAAACUACAAAAAAAUUUAUGAUAAUUAAUGAGAGAACAUUAACACGAACCACUGAAUAUGUGUAUGAAAAUGAUGGUAAAUUUCAAUACCAUUUGUAUACACUUGGGUUUAGUGCCACACAUAUAGCUGAUUAUAAUUUAAUUGAAUGUAACUAUAAGGAUCAGCCACGAAAUCAAUCAACUGUGUGUCGUAGAAUAAAAAAUAAGAAUAGACAAAAAUUAAUUAAGAAAAAUAUUCUUGACAUUUUUGUAAAUGGCACAUCACAACCUUCAAGAACUGUUUUACUUAAUAUUAUAAAGAAUUACAUAUUUCCGGAUAAAAGUUUUGACAUUAAAAAAUUCGUUACAAAAUGGAAAAGUGAAAAUAAUUUAUCAAAUCCCCAAUUUUGGAAAAAUUAUGUAAUAGAACAUAAAGAUGAUUUUGUUAAAUUAAGAUAUAAAACAUGGUUAGGAAAAAAAAAUUUAUCAUUGGCAGAUGCAAUAAAUAUGACAAAUAAACUUUAUACGCAAAAAGAAAGAAUCAUAAUUGAAAUGGAAACAACAUUAAUAAAAAUAGUUGAAAAUUAUAACCUUGGAAAUGAACGAUUUUCUGCAACAUUUGAAGAUUAUUAUGCUAUACGAAAUUUUGCAACAACUGGCUACAAAAGAAUAACAGGUGAUACUAAUGAAGCAAAACGAAUGAAAAUUGCUUUAUAUAAUUUAGCAAUUAGACAAUCUGACGAUCCAGAAAGAGAUUUUGACUUACAUUUAACCACAGUUGAAUCCAUAAGUAAAAAAUCUGUAAGAAAACUGUUUUAUAAUGAAGACACAUAUACAUUACAAAAAUUUACCUUCGCGGCAUCACUUGAUGUGACUUUGGCUAAAACAAUUACGGGCAAGAUAGAUGGUUUUGAGAAUGUUUUGUUUGAAAUGUCAUUUUCACAACGUUACAUUAGAGCGAAAAUAAAACAAAUGUUCUACACAUAUAAUCCCAUGACAACAUCAAUUCUUUUACCUGGCACUAAAUUUUCAAUUGAGAAUAAAAGUAACUCGACAAUUACUGGAUUGGGUAAUGUAUUACGAAUUAAAUUAAAAUGUAUUCAAGAGGCUAAUGAUAAAUACGAAUGGUAUCAGAAGAUUAUGAAUACUAUUUCGGAAAUUAAAUUAUAAAUCAACUCUAUAUUGUUAAUAUAUAUUAUGAAUUAAUUAUUAUUAUUAUUUAUAUUUAUUAUCUUAGAUUGAAAUCUUUUGAUAGAAUUAAUUAAUUCUUCUCUUGCACUAAAUAUUGCAAAUUAUCUUGCACAAAUAAUAAUUUCACAUAUUACUACACAUUGAAUUUUUUUCCAAUAAGAAUUAAAUUAAAUAUGAUAUAAAUAUAUGUAAGCAGUAAAAGUUUCUUUAAAAUUUAUAGUUUGAUGACAAAAUAUUCCAUUUGUGUUAAAAUUACUGUAACC